UAAUCACAACACGCCCGAAACAGGGAAAUGCGGAAACUUUGAAUUCGGUGCCGGUUGUGGGAAAGUAAAAAAUGAUUUUCCGGCUUUUGAGCUCCCGGGAAAUCCCGUCGUCCAUCAUAAGGUGCCACUCGCUAAUUCAAUAUCCUCGCAAAAUACUGAAUUCCGUCGGUGCCGAUAGACAACUGGCGAUACUGCGCUACACCCGGAAUGGCCGCAACCCCCGGGUGGAAUCCUUCGCUCCGAAGCAAACGAUCGUACCAACACAGGUGCAGGGAAUUGCUAUAGAAUCGGGGUACAUCGAUCCCUCAACCAUCUGGCGAUCGUUCCUGUUUACCGUGGCGUUUACGACGGGAACUUUCGCCGGAGUGACGAUCUGGGAGUAUGAGACGAUACGGUCGCGGGCGAUGCAGGCGUUACGUAGCAAACUGAGCCUGAAUUGGUUCCGGGAGCGGGCGAAACAGCAGCGCCAGGAGAUGGACCAGUGGCGCCGAGAGGUAACCGGUUGGUGGAACAAACUGUCGCCCGGUGAGCGGGUUUUUGCACCUAUCUGCGCCCUCAACGCGAUCGUGUACGGGCUAUGGCGAAUACCGAGCCUGGCACCAACGAUGGUCCGAUAUUUUGCCUCCAACCCGGCAGCAAAGGCGGUCUGCUGGCCCAUGUUUUUGUCUACUUUUAGCCACUAUUCCUUGCUGCACAUCAUGGCUAACAUGUACGUGCUGCACAGCUUCUCUCAUGCUGCCGUUGCGACGCUGGGCCGGGAACAGUUCCUGGGAAUGUAUCUGAGUGCCGGGGUGAUUGCUUCGUUCGCCAGCCACGUAUUUAAGACGCUCGCACGGCAACCGGGACUAUCAUUAGGUGCCUCUGGUGCCAUCAUGGGUGUAUUGGCCUAUGUUUGCUGCGAGUACCCCGAUACGCAACUAAGCAUUCUGUUCCUUCCAAUGUACACAUUCUCUGCCGGAGCGGCUAUCAAAGUGAUAAUGGGUAUCGAUUUGGCGGGCGUAUUGAUGGGGUGGAAAAUUUUCGAUCAUGCCGCACAUCUCGGUGGAGCGGCAUUUGGACUGUUUUGGUGUUUCUUCGGCGCCCAGAACUUGUGGCCACUUCGGGAACGCUUCAUUGGCUACUGGCACGAGUUGCGAGGGCCACCGAAGAAAUGACCCUCACCUAACGAGAAGUGGACAGUGGAUGAUGACUAAGCAUAAAAGAAGAAUAAAAUGCAAAACAUUUAUUU